AUGUUGCUCGAUUCUGGUUCGGACGAUUCCGCGCGCGCGGCUGCGGCCGCCGGCACUGCGCCGUCCGGCGAACAGCUCUUGACACGCAUCAGCUCCGCGGAGCCCGUGCUCGCGCUGCUGCACGAGCGCGACGACGCCUCGCGGGAGCUCGGGCUGCUGCAACUGGACUCCAUCGUGGACACCUUCUGGCCGGAGAUCGCGGACAGCCUCCCAACGAUAGAGUACAUCUACGAGGACCCGCACUUCCGCGCGCGGGAGCUCGCCGCGCUGGUGGCGUCGAAGGUCUACUUCAACCUGCAGGACUACGCGAAGGCGCUGCAUUACGCGCUGGCGGCGGGCGACCGGUUCGACCCGCAGGGCCGCUCUGAGUACGCCAACAUAAUCGUGGCGAAGGCCGUCGACGAGUACAUCCGCGCGCGUCAGGAGGCGCAGGAUGGCAAUACUCCGCGCUCGAACUCGUCUCUGGCCGCGGCUUCGCAAGAGCCACUCGAGGCUUUGGUGACCCGGCUCAUCGCCAUGAGCGUGGAAUCCGGCGACGAGCACCACGCCAUUGGCAUAGCGCUUGACGCGCGCCGUCUGGACCUGCUUCUGCGUAUUUUGAAGGACAGCGCGAACUGCUGCGAGUUGGUGUCCUACACCAUGGGCCUGAUGGACGGCGUGCUCAACCCGGACUUCUGCGCGCCGCUGUACGACAGCAUACGCGACAUUCUGCUGGCCAUGCCGAAGGACAUGCUCGCCAACCAGUACCCCAACCUGGUCACGUGCCUGUACAAGGUGAACAACCACGAGCAGAUGGCGCAGCUGCUGCUGGACAUGGUGAAGCACGGCGACCACCUCCAGGCGUACCAGAUCUGCUACGACCUGGUGGACAUCGGGGACCAGAAGUUCCUCAAGGCGCUGAAGGAGUCGCCGAUUUUGUCCGUGGAGGGCAACUUCAUGGUCGAGCGGGUCAAGCGGAUCCUGUCGGGCACGAGCACCACUGAGCUCCACCUGCAGUUUUUGCACCGCAAGAACCACACCGACCUGCUGCUGCUCGAGCACUACAUGAACAGCGUGGACCAGCGCAACAGCGUGGCGCACAACGCGGUGGUGCUCGCGCACGCCAUCAUGCAGGCCGGCACGUGCUGCGACGUGUUCCUGCGCGACAACCUCAACUGGCUGGCGAAGGCGAACAACUGGGCCAAGUUCACCGCCACCGCCUCCAUUGGCGUGGUGCACAAGGGCUAUGUGAAGCACUACAAGAAAGUGCUCGCGUCGUACCUGCCGGGGGAGACGCCUAACUCCUCUCAUGCGUACUCCGAGGGUGGUUCCCUCUACGCCACUGGGCUCAUGCUGUCGAACCGCUUCGACCCGGAGGCGGCCGAGAUGAUGCUGGGCCACCUGCGCAACGACUCCGCCGAGGAGGCGCUGCACCACGGCGCGGCGCUGGGCCUCGGCCUGGUGUGCAUGGGGCAGUGCGACCCGGCGAUCUACGAGGAACUCAAGGCUACGCUCUACCGCAACAGCGCGGUGUCGGGCCAGGCCGCCGCGAUCGCCAUCGGUCUGCUGAUGAUGGGUAGCGGCAACCUCGAGGUGCUGGACACGCUGUACGCGUUCUGCUCCGACACGCAGCACGAGAAGAUCGUGCGCGCGUGCGCCCUGGCCAUCUCGAUGGUGCUGUACCGCUGCGAGAAGAACGCGAGCAUCAUGAUCGGCAAGCUCACCCACGACAACGACCCCGUGGUGCGCUACGGCGGCAUGUUCACGUACGCCAUGGCGUACUGCGGGACGGGAUCGAGCAAGGCUUUGAAGGAGCUGCUGUACGCGGCGGUGUCGGACGUCUCCGACGACGUCCGUAGGGCCGCUGUGAUUGCGCUCGGGUUCGUGCUCUGCAACACCCCCGAGGAGGUGCCCAAGGUGCUCAAGCUUCUGGUUGCGUCGUACAACCCGCACGUGCGGUACGGCGCGGCGAUCGCUCUGGGGAUAAGCUGCGCCGCCUUCCCGCAGCCCGACGUCGUGCGGCUGCUCCACUCGCUGUCGUCCGACCGCAGCGAUUUCGUCCGACAGGGCGCGUUCAUCGCGCUGGGGCUGGUGCUGCAGCAGAGCAACGCGGAGACCAGCAACGACGUGAUGCAGGUGCGAGACCUCUUCAGGUCCGUGGCGAGCGAGAAGCACCAGGACAUCAUCGCGAAGUUCGGCGCCAUCGUGGGUGCGGGUCUGAUGGACGCGGGCGGCCAGAACUGCGUGGCGUCGCUGUACACCGGGCGCGGCAACAUGCGUCGUGAGGCGGUGGUCGGCUUUUUGAUGUUCGCGCAGUACUGGUACUGGCACUCGUUCAUGCACUUCGUGUGCCUGACGUUCCAGCCCACGUGCCUCAUCGGCAUCAACAACGACCUGCAGAUCCCCACGGGCUACAAGGUGCUGUGCACCGCGCCGCCGAAGACGUUCGACUACGUUCCCCACAUCACGGACGAACCGAGCGAGCAGAAGAAGGCGGAGGUCACCGCCGUGCUCUCCAUUUCGGCGAAGCGCCGGGCGUGGUUGACUAACGCGAGGUCGAGCGACCAACUGGGCGGCAAGGGAGACAAGGGCGAGAGCAAGUCUGGCGUCGACGGUGGCGCCGCGCCGACGUCCGAGCGCCAGCCACCUGGGAUGGAAGCCUCUAGCGCCGCCGGAGACGCGGGCCAACCCGCCCAAGCCGCGCCAGAGAGCGGCACUGCCGACCUGUCGGGCGACGUGGUCAUGGCCAACGGCGACGAACAGGGAGCCAGCUCCGCCCUCGGCGCCUCUGCGGGCGAGAAGGCCGCGGAGCAGUCCACCGGAGUCCCCACGCUGCUGGAGAACCCCUGCAGGCUCAUCCCCAGGCAGGCGGCCCACUGCAGCGUCCCGCCGGGCAGUCGCUACGUGCCCGCGUUCCCGGAACGCCGUCAGGGCAUAGUGCUGCUGCGCGACUGCGCGCCGGGCGAGCCCGAGGAGUACGUGGCGUGCGAGUCCGAGCAGCCCGAGGCUCCGCCGUUCACCCCAUUCGAAUACAAAGGUUAA